AUGAGUCAGGAAGAAGAAGAACGGCGCGCGUCCCAAGGAUGGUUGGGUUCAGUGGCCCCACCGCCAUCGCAGCCGUUUGUGCAGGCGGGAGAUCGUCGUGAUGCUCAUGCACCGCCAUUGCAACAAACCGCCCAGGCCCAGACCGCGCAGCAAAAUGGAAGUUUUCCACCAUUUUUGACGCCACCAAUCGUCGAAAAUUCUUCAACGCCCCAAAUUCUGCAACUCAUGCAUCAGCAGAUGGCCCAGCAGCAGCAAAUUUUGUUGCAAUUAAUGCGACAAAAAGAACCCGCCGCGAGUGAAGAAAAAAAGCCGGAGCAGAUUUUAGAUUCUUUGUGCGGGCACAUCAAAGAAUUUACGUACGACGCCGAUGCUGGAACCACUUUCGCGGCAUGGUAUGCGAGGUACGAGGAUCUAUUUCAAAAGGAUGCCGCGCAACUGGAAGAUGAAGCGAAAGUGCGAAUGCUAAUGAGGAAGUUGGGCACCUCUGAGCACGAUCGCUACACAAGUUAUAUCCUUCCGAAUCAUCCGCGAGAUUUUUCCUUAGAGGAAACAGUUUCACAGCUGACAGUUUUAUUUGGCAUCAAGGAAUCCCUGCUUCAUCGAAGAUUCCGAUGCUUAAAACUCGCUAAGUUGCGGACGGAAGAUUUUGUCUCAUUCGCUUGCCGCGUUAAUAAGGGCGCAGCAGAGUUUGAGUUGAGCCGGCUUACGGAAGAGCAGUUAAAGUGCUUGGUUUUCGUGUGUGGCCUAAAAGACGAAGCCGAUUUAGAGUUUCGAACGCGCCUGCUGCACCGAAUAGAGGAGAACCAAGCUGUAACGCUCCACCAGCUCUCCGCCGAAUGCCAACGAAUGACAAAUCUACGUCAGGACAGUGCCAUGAUUGAACAGGAUCGUAGCGAACAAGUGUUAUCCGUUCAACGCAGUGCAUAUCGUCCUCAUCGCGCGUCCAGUCCGCAAAAGAACACAAAUAGUACAUCCAAACCGAGUCGACCCUGCUGGUUGUGUGGAGCUCUACACUGGUCGCGAGAGUGCACGUUCAAGACGCAUACAUGCACGCAGUGUGGAGCAGUCGGGCACCGUGAAGGAUACUGCAAGCAGCAACACAAAAAAGGGCAGCGUCGACAGGAAAGGCGUUUUCCGAAGCGAGCCCAUACACGCAGUGUAAUGGUAAACGUGUGCAGCAUACAUCAUCGUAGAAAAUAUUUGAAUGUGGCGAUUAACGGCAUUCAAAUUCGGCUCCAGUUGGACACGGCUUCCGAUAUAUCAGUGAUAAGCCGCAACCUAUGGAAAAAAGUCGGUUGCCCGCAAUUAUCACCACCCUCAGUCACCGCGAGAUCUGCAUCGGGAGACCAGCUCGAAAUUGUUGGAGAAUUUCGAGCCACCGUUGCAAUUAAGCAGCAACGGAAACGAGCCGUCAUCUACGUCGCAAAUUCGGAGUUGGCUUUGCUAGGGAUUGACCUCGCCGAAGCUUUCGCCUUAUGGUCUGUUCCCAUAGACCAACUGUGCAAUCGCGUAACUACCGCGCUACCAAACGCCCCAGAGGAAAUUGAGCGGAAAUUUCCGCGAUUGUUUCAACCGGCAAUGGGGUUGUGCACUAAGGCACAGGUAAAACUCCACCUGAAGGAAAAUUACCGUCCUGUGUUCUGUCCAAAACGGCCGGUGGCAUACGCCAUGCAUGAUGCGGUAAAUAAGGAACUGGAUCGGUUGGAGAUUCUACACAUCAUCACCCCAGUGGAUUUUUCGGAGUGGGCUGCCCCGAUCGUAGUCGUCCGGAAGGCCAACGGAUCGAUUCGGAUCUGCGGCGACUAUUCAACAGGACUGAACGCAGCUCUAAACCCGCACGAUUACCCACUCCCGCUGCCUCAGGACAUUUUCGCAAAGCUAAGUAACUGCACCAUAUUUACUCAAAUUGAUUUGUCCGAUGCUUUCCUCCAGGUCCCAGUGGAUGAGGAAAGUCGCCCUCUACUGACGGUCAACACGCACAGGGGCCUUUACCUGUAUAAUCGUCUGCCCCCUGGCAUAAAGGACGCCCCGGGAGCAUUCCAACAGUUAGUGGAUGCUAUGCUGUCGGGAAUUUCCGGUGUCUCUUGCUACAUGGAUGAUAUAAUCAUCGGUGGCCGCACUGCUAGUGAACAUAAUGAGAGCCUUUUUGCUGUUCUAAACCGAAUGCAGGAAUACGGUUUCACUCUGCGGGCCAGCAAAUGUGCAUUUGAGAAGGCGCAAAUAAAAUAUCUGGGUCACAUCAUCGAUGGACACGGUAUUCGUCCGGACCCAGAAAAGGUUGCUACAAUAGCGAAUCUCCCAGAACCCAAGGAUGUAACGGGAGUACGAUCCUUCCUAGGAGCUAUCAAUUUUUACGGGAAAUUCAUCCCGAAUAUGCGCAACCUACGCUACCCUCUAGACAAGCUGCUACAAGAAGGGAACAUGUUCACAUGGACUGCAGAAUGCCAAAAGGCCUUUAAGCAAUUUAAAAAUUUGCUGUCAUCAGAACUUAUGCUGGUACAUUGCGACCCCAAACUGCCAAUUGUGGUAUCCGCUGAUGCGUUGACCAUCGGAUUAGGUGCAACUAUUGGUCAUAGGUUUCCCGAUGGUACAUUUGAAGUUAUUCAACACGCAUCCCGCGCCCUAACGAAAGCCGAGAAAAAUUAUAGCCAAAUAGAUCGGGAAGGACUGGCUAUUAUAUAUGCAGUAACAAAAUUUCAUAAAUAUAUUUUCGGGCGCCAUUUUCUGCUGCAAACGGACCAUAAGCCGCUUUUGAGAAUUUUUGGAAGCAAAAAAGGUAUUCCGGUAUACACCGCAAAUCGCCUGCAGAGGUUUGCACUUACCCUCCAGUUGUACGAUUUUGAAAUUGAAUAUGUAUCAACCACCAAUUUCGGAAACGCAGAUGUCCUAUCGCGGCUGAUCAAAACGCAUGAGAGACCUGAAGAAGACUACGUAAUCGCUGUUGGAAAUAAUACGUCCCAAAAUGUAAAAGGUUUCGAAUAA